GGCAAUCUUGUCCCUGAGACUGUCAUGGAAACAAAGCUGGGGCGAGAAUUUGUGAAUGAAUCUUCUAAUGAGGAGCAACCUCAUUAUAUCCCUUCUGAAUUGGUCAACAGAUUUUCACGCAUUAAUGGCAACACAGUGUAUCACUGCUAUUUAAUAGAGUUGAAACAAGAUUUUACCUAUGAUGUCUCACCUCGUGAUGUUAUUCUUGCCAUAAGGCGUGAGCUUGACCCAGAAGUUAUCAGGUCAAUGGAAUUUAAAAUGUGUAUUAACCGAGGGAGUCUCACAGUGAAGUUUAAAUACAUUGGAACAAUAAACCUUGGCCUAAAUGAGGUUCUCUUGUGCAGAAAAUUCCAGAUCGCUGUAUUUGGGAUUCUUUUUCAUUAUAAUUUGGAUAAGUUGAUGGGCAUUUUAAAUGAACUCUAUUUGGGAGAUAAUCCUGAGAUGGAUUAUCUUCUACUUCCAGCCACUUUCAUCCAUAUGAGACCUUUGACCAUUGAUUGGCCUUCGGUUACUUCUGUGUUCUCAUUUAAAGAAGGUUGCACCAAACAUGUUUCUAAUAUAUGGACUAAAGAUGAUGUAGUUUGCUCAUGCAAACUUGAGAAUUCAUUGGUCUAUACUCCUCAUAAUGGUCAUUUUUAUAUCAUCACUGAUAGAAUGGAAUUGGAUGGAAACUCUCUGCUCAGACUCAGGGAUGGCAAAGCAAUGACAUACAAGAAAUACUUUGAAGAAAAGUAUGGAAUCCAUUUGAGUUAUGAAAACCAACAGCUAUAUAACGGAAGGCAUAUAUUUCACGUAAAAAAUUACCGUCUCAAAAGCAGACAAGCGAAGGAGAGAGAAUCAACCAAGGCUUCGGUUGAAUUGCCUCCUGAACUGUGCACUAUUUUUAUGUCACCCAUAUCAGUAAGCACAAUAUAUUCUUUCUCAUUCAUUCCAUCAAUAAUAGAUCGGCUUGAGUCAUUACUUUUGGCUUCCAACUUGAAAAAGAUGUGCAAGCAAAAUGAUAUUCCAACAUUCAAGAUCUUGGAAGCAAUUACUGCAAAAGAAUGCCAAGAGCAAUUUCAUUAUGAAUCUCUAGAGACUCUUGGCGAUUCUUUCCUUAAGUAUGCUGUUGGUCAGCAUCUUUAUCUAACCUAUCCAUUUGAUCCAGAAGGGCUUCUUAGCACGAAGAAGGACAAGAUGAUAUCUAAUGCUGCCCUCUGUAGGUUAGGGCUCAACUCUAACCUUCCGGGCUUCAUACGAAGCAGCCCUUUUGAUCCAAAGAAAUGGAUUAUACCAGGAGACAGAUCAAGAAAUGUUACUUUAAAGGAGGAGUUGGCCUCUGAUAUGACAAGAAUGUAUGUUAGUGGGAAUAGAAAAAUAAAACAUAAGAUAAUUGCAGAUGUUGUUGAAGCCUUAAUUGGGGCUUUCCUGAGCAAGGGUGGAGAGAAAGCGGCUUUGAAGUUCAUGGAUUGGAUUGGAAUAAAGGUGGAUUUUGAUAUAAUACCCAAUAAGAGGAUUUUAAGCCUAGAGCCAGAGAGGAUUGUGAAUGUCAGAUAUUUUGAAUCCUUAUUGAACUACUCAUUCAAUGACAGCUCUCUCUUGGUGGAAGCUCUCACCCAUGGUUCCUACAUGCUGCCAGAAACUCCAUGUUAUCAGCGACUAGAAUUUCUUGGGGAUUGUGUGCUGGAUUUUCUCGUCACUGAGCACCUGUACAAUAAGCAUCCUGGCCUAUCUCCAGGUUUGUUGACUGACAUGAGGUCUGCUUCAGUAAAUAAUGAUUGUUAUGCACGGUCCGCCAUUAAGGCUGAAUUACACAAACACAUACUCCAUUCCUCUCAAAAAUUAGAGAAGGAUAUUGUUAAAGCCACAAAUAGUUUUGAAGAGUCUAGUGAGCCAACUUUUGGAUGGGAUACAGAGACAUAUUUCCCCAAGGUGCUUGCAGAUAUUAUAGAGUCUCUGGCUGGAGCAAUUUUGGUUGAUUCUGGGUUCAACAAAGAGAUUGUGUUCAAAAGCAUCAUGCCCCUAUUGCAACCUUUGGUAACACCUGAAACUUUACCGGUUCAACCUGUUCGUGAAUUGCAAGAACUCUGCCAAAAACAAUAUUAUAAAUUGGAGGAGCGAUUGGUGUCUAGAAGCGAUGGCUUAACUUGUGUCACAGUUAGGGUUCUAGCUAAUAAGAAAAUCUAUGAGAAAACCUGUAAAGCUGCCAAAGGAGACCUAGCCAAAAAACUAGCCUGCAAGGAAGUUUUGACUUCCUUGAAGAAAAUCAAUGCUGUUUGAAGACACAAGCAAGUGGAAAAAAGUAAUACGUAGUUAAUAUUGCAAUAUUGCAUCACUUGAAGAGAUCUGGUUUGGAAAGU